AUGACGGAUACCAUCGAGUCUCUCGAGCAGGUGGUCUCCACAUUAUUAUCAAACACAAUAUCACAACAGGACAGCCGCAAGUCCAAGUUUCUGGCCAAAUGCGACCACCUCAUCCCGUUUGUGCAGCCGCUCACCAAAAUCCUCAGCAUCCUCGCACCAUGCAACCCCGAGGUAUUCCCACUUCUCAGGAACAGUAUACCGGUUAUUAUUGAGGUAUGUUGA